GCAGCCGCUGGGCGUCGCAGGGCGGUUUAUGCACGGCUGCGCAAUUUUGCCUCACUUCAGACGUGCAUAGCGAAACUACGCGUGCAAGUACACGGACUAUCAAAAAUGUGCGAUCGGUUUGGUUUAGUGUUGCAACUGGUAUCUCAGGCUCUUGGCCAGGACGAUCGAAAUGAGUAUGAGAAAGCCUAUGUAAACUAUUUAAAAAGCCUGGACGCCAUUGCUGCCAGCUUGCUGAAGGAUUACGAGUCUCAUGGCAUCCCAGAGACUCCAGUACCUGUGAACAAUGCCAAAAAAGUUAUUUCUGUUGCAAGGCAAUGCCUAGACAGAGCGGAAAAGAUAAUAGGAACAUCACUGAACCAGUUCUAUGCUGAACAAGAAAGAUGUAAUGAAACCUAUUCAUGUCCAUUGCCUACUGUUGAGUUGGAGACCCCAUGCACACCUGAGGUACUAAGUGGGGCAGGUCUGCCAUCUGUGGCAUUUUUGGCUCCUCGGAUUCUGUCACGACAGUCACAUCAGCAGCCACACUCGGAUGCCUCUUCUGAUGCUGCACUGCUCUCCAACCCCAUGUUUACUGUGAGAACAUGUGGUACACUCGCAAAGACCAAAGUAACAAGGAGAGUGCUGUCACCUAUGGAACAAAUGGAACAAGAGAACACUGCUGUGUGUCAGCGUUACCAUGCACUUAUUCAACGGACUGUGGACCCCAUGGCCAAACAGAAUCUGCGCCUUGAACUUCAGCGCCGACUAAUGGAUAACCUGAUGGCUGGAAGGAAGAAACAGGCAGAGUAUCUGAGAAACCUCCAAGAGCAAGAAAAGAAAAUUGCUGAAAUGGCUGCAAGAAAAUUGCAGGGUUCUGGGGAGUGCAUAACACCAGAAGAGAAGCGACAGCAGGAGCUUUUUGCCAGAAUUCUGCAGUAUGAAAACAACCGUGAGUGGCCUCCAGCUCUUCAAGACAUGCUUGAAUCUCAUCCAAAGAAUCCGAAAGUCGCAAGGCAUAUUGUGAUGCACAUUCUUGGGGACUCCAAACAUCCUCUAAGCCAGUGGCUGGCUAAAGAGCGCGUCGCAUUGCAGCGAGAGAUUGUGAUGGCCCUGGAUAGCAGGAGCCAUCUGGUGGCAGCUCCUAAGGAACCCUCAAGUGGUGGCAAUCAACGAUCCGUAGCCUGUGCCCAUGUGGAAAGUGUUCUUCGAACUGCACUACUACUGCUAGGUUUGACGCUUGAGCCACUGAAAGACCCUGCUGCUCAAGAAGUAUGCUACAGUGUGCUCGAAGACCACUUCACCUGGCCACUGUGGCCACACCUUCUGGCCACUGUCAGGUUAGAAAACCUUUCAGGGGAGCAGCGUGUGGCAACCACCAUUAGCCAGCUGGCCUCAGCAUCAGCUGAGGAGAUGCACGUCUCACCUUGCCUGCACAAGAGUCCCGCUCUAAGUGAGGCAGUGGGCAUGCUGCGCACUGUGCCUCGGCUUGGCCCUAGUCAUAAACUACGUGUACUGGUUCAUGUCACUCGGCUGGUUUGUACAGAACCUCUUGCAAGUGAAGAUGAACACCAUAGGAAGCUAAUGGGAGCUGAUGACCUCAUUCCUGCAUUAAUUUACAUCUUGGUGCAGUCAAAGGUACCACAGCUGUAUUCUGAAUACCUUGCACUUGAGCAAAUACUAGAUUCUAGGUACAUGCUUGGAGAAGAAGGGUAUUGCUUAGCUUCAGUCCUGAUGGCCUUCAAGUACCUGGAAUCACUACCUUGAGCCAGACAACCAAGCUUUUAUUUUCUGAACUUCUGUGAAGCUACUUUUUUU